GGCCAAAAUGCCGAACUCAAGACCGCAGUCCACAAACCAAUGUUUCUGUUUCACACAGUCUCUGCUGUGAACCAAUCAGAUUGCUUGAUUUUAGCUACCCGUUUUAUAAAAUCAAUAAUUAAAUGUAACUUCUCUUCAAGACCAUUGUAUCCUUAAUUAAUUAUGUCAAAUUAUUAUUUAUAUUUAAUGUAGCUGAGGUUAGUCCCAGUGUUGAUCUGGGGACCAACUUAAAUAUAUAAAUUUAGAUAUGAAUGCUAAAUAAAAGACGAUGGAAAACAUUCUGCUAAUUUACUUGGUGACCCUAACAAAACCCCCUGCGACCCACCUGGGGGGCUAAUCUAACUGACUGCCACAAGUGUUAGAGGGAGCCAAGUGCACAAGAAACGACUCGAGAGCUUGUCCCCAGAGCCUCUAGUGUAGCAGCAGCCAUGUGCUCUGUGAGACCGAGUCCCAGCUGAACACUCACAGGAGCCGAGCUCCCUACAACCAUAACAACCAGCUAACCUGCUCGCACACAAUGGCUCGUCGUGCCAUAUGGCAGUCUUGUCAUUGUGGGAGGCUACAACAGUUGGAGAGAGCAUAUCAGGCGUCAUCAGACGUGGAGGGACAACAGCAGUGUUCCUCAGGAAGAGUAACUAUGAGAGCAGUGAUGUGACUGACAUGUGGUCGCUGCAUAUGAACACAGAAGGUGCGCAUGGAGACGACCACACAGUCUGUGCUCCUACCACCUUGUGCUUGGCAUUUUAGCAUUCAAAUUUCAACUGAGGGUGAAAAAUGUUAAACUGCGGGUGCAAUGCAUGCUGUUGCACCCUGGUGGAACCGGGCCUGUCUCCUCCUCUUGCUCGAGGCUCGGUCACACAUGCGCCCUGAGGAGAAAUUCUCCUGGAAGUUCACCAAAGUUCAACUCCACGCGAUGCCAAGAUUCAUGCUGACCUGCUGCGUGUUCAUGUAUCGUAACAUCAACUCACCUGGCACUAAAAGCCAACGUGCUUCUGGUAACACAGCGCCACUUGGAUUUAUAACUGAUAUAAUUACUUCUGUUCCUGUUCUAUUUUCUCAGCAUAAUGGUGCUUCAUAGAGAGCUGAACUGUGCCCAUGAGUUUAGUUUACUGGCAGAUGAACAGGUCAAGCUAAUGGUGGCCCAUUGGGAAGCUACUUUAACGCUCUCUUGUGCACUAUUUGAAUUCAAACAGGUCGUUACAGUUGGGAUACUGAAUUUUCUCACACAUUCCAAUGAAUAAUCCCAUAAGGCUCAUACACUACAUGAUGGAAGUAAAACACCUAGUUGUGAAAGUGCUGUGGUACAUUUCAUACAAUAGUAUCAUUGCUAAACACUUAAAUGUGGCUUCUUUUAGAAAAUGGUCCAGGGCCAGCUAUGAGCUAUGAGUCAAAGCAGUCCCUGCCUGUGGACCCGGCUCCCCCAGAGCAGCCGGUCCCCGGGUGACCGCUACAAGCACGCCUGCUGCAGCCACGAUGGGAGCGUCUACAUCCUGGGAGGAAGAGACAGCGGCGGUCUGAGGGACUUCUGGAGGUACAGCGUGGUUUGUAACGAUUGGACAGAGUUGAACUGCACCAGUGAAGCUGCACCAGAAGAACUAGAGGAACAUGCUAUGGUGGCUCAUGAGGGCUUCCUGUACGUGUUUGGAGGAAUGCUGGACUCUGCCUACACAAGGCGGAGAUGUCCCCUCUGGGUGUUUGACGUUGCAAAGCUGAAGUGGGUGCACUGCCAGGGGAAGCCGAGCCCUCAGACCCAAAUGCCAACCAACAGAAAAGCCCACAGUGCUGUGGUGGUGGGCUCUGCCCUGCUGCUGUACGGAGGCUUCGUAGACAUGAAAGGAUCCUCGCAGGACUUCUGGAGUUUGGACUUCGAUACCAUGGCUUGGUCCCUGCUGAGUGGUUCUCAGCAGGGCUCAUUAGGCCCAGGCCCCAGACACAGCCACUCAGCUGUGGCCAACCAGAGCUGCAUGUACCUGUUUGGGGGCUUGAAAGGCUUGCGGGAGCAGAAGGACUUCUGGAAGUGGAAUUCCAGCAGCCACACGUGGAGCUCCCUCAAAAACAAGUCCGGUCCCUCCAGGCUCAUGGGACACUCGGCUGUUGCCUACAAGGACAGUAUGCUUAUUUUUGGUGGAGGCGAGAGCCAGAACUCUCCAAAGAACUGCCUAUGGAGGUACAACUUCACCACGCAGAGCUGGGGGAAGGUUGCCACACUCCCGGGCUCCAACCCCCCAGACAAGAUCCACCACUGCUGUGCUGGGCUGGGUCCCGGCUACAAGUCCAACACCAGCAGCCCCUGCUCCAGCUCAGGACUCCAACCGGGGCUGCUGGGAGGGAAGCUGAGGCUCUUCAAGAACAAGUGCUUCCCUGACCCACUCACGUUUUUAGGCUCAGAGGGAGCUAUAGAGCUGGAGACAUUCAGCGCGGACAGGUGCUACGAAAGCAAAACACUCGCACUGUCCUCCAGUCUGGACAGCAGCACAGAGGGCUUGAUGGGGACAGACGCACAGCGGAUUGGAAACUGUUUGACCUUUGAGAACAAGGCUUUCAGGACCCAGUGGAGCACCACAGAGGACAACCUGCUGGACGAGGAGGCCGAAGACGUCGCCCAGCAUCUGCCCGAUCUGCUGCUGGUGCUGGGGGGAAGACCCUGCAGCAGACACAGUCCUAUUUCCACCUGGCAAAUGACUCUGACUGACUCCUAACAGCCCGACAAACCUUACAGACAUCUUCUCUCUGAGAGAAAUAUAAGAGGGAAAAACAUCAGUGUUAGAUUAUCACUUUGAGUGUUUAUUGACAUUCUGUUAUUACAUACUACUAUUUUUAUAAUACUGUUACUUUUGUUGUGAAUUGUAAUGUUGUGAAUGUAUAAAUUUCCUUUUUGCAAUACUCAAAUAAAUUAUCAGGAAAUGUCA